AACAACUACAUUAAUGGCUUCUUCCAAGUUGUUACUUUUGCUCUUCUUCAUCACCAUAAUUUCUUCAUUCAAUUUCACCUCUGCCCAGCAGCCCUUCCGCUGCAACUCCACCGGCGCCACCUGCAACGCUCUUGUAGACUACGUCUCCCCCAACGCCACCACUCUCGCCGCCAUCAGAACCCUCUUCACCAUCAAGAACCUCCGCUCCCUUCUCGGCGCCAACAACCUCCCACUCUCCUCAACCCCACCCAACUUCCCCAUACCAGCCAACCAGACAAUCAAGAUCCCCUUCCCCUGCAUCUGCAACAACGGCACAGGAAUAUCAAACCGCCGCCCCAUCUACAAGAUCGUCCACGGAGACGGCCUCUACCACAUAGCGGCGGAGGUGUUCUCAGGCCUCGUCACCUUUCAAGAAAUCCAGGCCGUCAAUAAAAUACCAAACGCGGACUUGAUAGAGGAGGGCCAGGAUCUGUGGAUACCCCUGCCCUGCAGCUGUGAUGACGUGGACGGACAGAAGGUAGUGCACUACGGACACGUGGUGGCGCCGGGGAGCUCAGUUGAGGGUAUAGCUCUACAGUUUAACACGUCCCAGGAAACCCUUUUGAGGCUCAAUAAUUUGGCCACUCCUCAGAGCCUCCUCGCCGGUGCUAUUCUUGAUGUUCCACUUAGAGCUUGUUCCUCAACGGUAAACAACAAUUCGAUGGAUUACCCAUUACUUGUUCCAAACAACACCUACGUUUUCACAGCCAACAACUGUGUAAGGUGCAAGUGUGAUGCUGCUGCAAUUAACUGGAUGUUAGAAUGUGAAUCUUCCCAGAUUAAUGCGUCAUGUCCCCUUAUCCGAUGUGAUAAUUUGUAUCUUGGGAAUGCCACUUCAUCCAGCUCGAAUUGUAAUCGUACUACCUGUGCAUAUGCUGGUUACAACAACAACCGAACGAUACUAACCACACUAGCUAUGGAAUCAACUUGCCCUGCUUCUGAUAAUAAAUCAUCUGCAUCUGCAAUGGGGCCGGGAUCAUGGAAUGGAGUUGUCAUUUUGAUUAUUACUACGAUGAUGAUGCCUUUUCUUGCCUUGCUGGGCUGACUGAGAUACAUAGCUUAAUUACGGCUUUCGGAAUGAUUGUUGUGUGUAAUGCAUGUACUUAAUUACUCAUUAGAGCACCAGGAAACAAUACAGUGAAUUUUGUAAUAAGUUGCUCAGUUUUGUAAUUCUGAAUAUUUAGUAGUAAUUGGACAAAGACUGUGAAUUUUUGUAUUUCUUGUAAGCCCUAGCUAGCUUGUUGUUCAUUUUCUCAAGUUUCAAUGGAUUUGAUAAUUGAUAUACAACCCCUGAUUGAA